UGUGUCCGAGGUGUGGGCGUCCUCUCCUUGUUACCCCUUCGCUUUUCUGGCCGGGGAGAGGUGUGCGUGUGGGCUGUAGCCCGUCCCCAGGCCCAUCUUCGGGCCGCUGUGGUGAGCAGGGGUGGCCGAGGAAGAAGCCUGCUGAGGAGGAGGAGGGCGGCUGGCCUUGCCGUGUGAGCUGUGGGGAGACAUGUGGCGAUGCCCCAUCCUCCUUCCGUGGAGGAGUCUCCUGGCCUGGUCUGGGCUUUUUGCAGAGAGAAGAAAGAUGGAAAGUAAUGCAGUUUUACUGGAAUCCAAGUCCUCUCCUAUCAACCUUCUGAAUGAAAUGCAUCAGCUGCGUCUCCUGGGCCACCUCUGUGACGUGACUGUCAGCGUGGAGUACCAAGGCGUCAGGGCCGAGUUUGUGGCUCACAAGGCUGUAUUGGCAGCAACAAGCAAAUUUUUCAAGGAGGUGUUCCUUAAUGAGAAGGGCAUGGAUGGCCCAAGGACCAACGUGUUCUUGAAUGAGGUCCAGGUUGCUGAUUUUGCUUCAUUUCUUGAGUUUGUCUAUACUGCUAAGGUAGAAGUGGAAGAAGACAGAGUGCAGCGUAUGCUAGAAAUAGCUGAAAAGCUGAAGUGCUUGGACCUCUCGGAAACUUGCUUUCAAUUAAAAAAGCAGAUGCUUGAAUCGGUGCUGUUGGAGUUGCAAAACUUCUCAGAAUCACAGAAUUCUGAGGAAGAGAGCACUACCCAGCCAAGCAUUUUGCUCGAGUCCAAAGCAGCUGCUGUGGCAGAAGCUGACCAGGCAGACUGUCUUCUGGAUCCUCCAGAUUCCCCAGUAGACAGGUCCAGCAAUGGAAUGUCUCCUGAGAUGCCGGCUACCAAGUCAAAAGAGAAAAUGGACAAAAAGAAGGAAAUUAUGAAGCCUCCUUAUGCCAAAAUCAGAAGGGCAAGUGGGAGACUGGCUGGGAGGAAAGUAUUUGUGGAAAUCCCGAAGAAGAAGUACACAAGGCGGCUGAGAGAGCAGCAGAAGAAUGCAGAGGUUGCUGUUGAAGAAAACAAAUGUCCUGAAGACCAGGAUAUGUGUGAUAUGGAGAGGGAGGAGGAGCAAGCAGAGAAGAACAUCAAACCUGAGAGCGAAGAAUGUGAUGGCAACUUUGAACUGGAAGAAAACCUGAAAAAAUCCGAAGAGGAUAAAAAGAAACGAGGCAGUAACUUCAAGUGCAGCACAUGCGAGAAGGAAUUUCUGUAUGAGAAAAGUUUUCUCAAGCACAUAAAGCACAGCCACGGCAUUGCAGCUGAAAUUGUUUAUCGGUGUGAAACCUGCAGUCAGACCUUUGCCAACCGGUGCAACCUAAAAAGCCAUCAGCGCCACGUCCACAGCAGCGAGCGCCACUUCCCUUGUGAGCUCUGCGGUAAGAAGUUCAAGAGGAAGAAGGACGUCAAGAGGCACAUUCUCCAGGUUCAUGAGGGUGGUGGGGAGCGUCAUCAGUGCCAACAGUGUGGAAAGGGGUUGAGCUCCAAAACUGCCUUGAGGCUCCAUGAAAGGACGCAUACAGGCGACAAGCCUUAUGGGUGCACAGAGUGUGAGGCUAAAUUUUCUCAGCCUUCUGCACUUAAAACACACAUGAGAAUCCAUACUGGUGAAAAACCUUUUGUCUGUGAUGAAUGUGGUGCCAGGUUCACUCAGAAUCACAUGCUUAUAUAUCACAAACGAUGUCACACAGGGGAAAGGCCUUUUAUGUGCGAAACAUGCGGGAAGAGCUUUGCCUCUAAGGAGUACUUGAAACACCAUAACAGAAUCCAUACUGGAUCCAAACCAUUCAAAUGUGAAGUUUGCUUCAGAACGUUUGCACAGAGGAACUCGCUUUACCAGCAUAUAAAAGUUCACACAGGUGAACGACCCUAUUGCUGUGACCAGUGUGGUAAGCAGUUCACACAGCUGAAUGCGCUGCAGCGUCACCAUCGAAUACACACCGGGGAGAAGCCGUUCAUGUGCAAUGCCUGUGGGCGAACUUUCACUGACAAGUCCACCCUCCGACGGCACACUUCAAUACAUGAUAAAAACACACCCUGGAAGUCCUUCCUUGUCAUUGUUGAAGGAGCAUCUAAGAAUGAUGAAGGUCACAAAACAGAGCUUCCCGAUGAAGAAUAUGAUGUGUCACCUAAACUACCAGAGAAGCUGCUGUCUUUCUCUGAAAACAGCCACUAUCAAAACUUGACUGCUGUCCCAGGGAGUGUGACUGCACUGCAUGACAACGGUUCUGCCACAGGAACAGACUGUAAGUCAGAUGGGACUCCGGGACCCCAGGAAGCCCUUAUAGCUACCACUUUAAGUGAGCUGACAGUGCUGCAUACACAGACAGACUCUAUUCAGCCACAGCUUCAUGCUCUGGUGAAUAUGGAAUAAUUUGGUAUUUACAAAUCCAGUUUAAGCUGCACCCUUUGUAUAGUCCUUUGACUUUGCCAAUAACCUACUGAGGGAACUAGGGGAAGCUAUGACAAGGAAGCAGGGCUAGAUGUGAAACACAUGCACUGGGUUUCCAGAAUUUCCUCCAAAAAGUCAUGACCCACCUCCAACACAUACUGCUCCAUCUCCUGAAGGUAGCGCAGAGUAACACCACACCAGAGUGGUGGUAGAGGAGGCAGAGGUCCCAGGAAGUUUAUUCCCUACGAAUAAAAGGGUGUAGUUCAGCUUGUUUGCUCUAGCUGGCCUGCAGUAAAAGUAAGUACCUACAUUCAGAUAGGUUAUAAAGAAAGUGCGAGUUUGAUUUCCAGUUGAUUUGAUGACACAUGUACAAUCAAGAGAAAUGAUGUUGUGUUUCUCAGCCUAGUAGCUUAGUGAAAUUAAUUGCAUUUUUCCUAGUGGAAAUUCAUACAUAAAAUAAGUUUUACUAAAUUGCUUUUCAGGAAAUGUUGGUUUAUCUCUGCUUUUGCCAAAGAUCCAAGCAGUGAGCCAGCUCACUCCUUGGGAAUAUGAGUGGGAGCAAGCUUUGGAAAGAUCUGGUUUCAUUCCAGGAGUUUGGAUUCUCUAGUAGCAAAAUGGGCAAGUGGGAGCCAAGUGCUGCAUCUGUACAGGUGGUGGCAUUAUUCUUACAUUUCAGUGAAACCUGGUGCAGUUUGACACUUGCGUUCAGUCAGUCUUCAUCUUCUAACUGCUCCAGCUUACAUAGAACUUGGCACUUAAGAGACCAAAACAUCUCUUGUAAAAGCGUCUAUGAAAAGUAGUAUUUAUUUCAGCUAUGCUGGAAAAGCUAGUGUAAAGAGACAGCUUACUGGCAUUUUGCUGUUAACUUGCAUCUAAGCCAUUUUCUGCUGGUUCAGAUAGGUCAACAAUGCUCUUUUCUCCACCAUCACUUAAACACUGCUGUUGCUCAGAACGGCAGACCUACUUUUAAAUUAAGUAAUACUCCAGUGGGAAAAGUUUACGACUGGUUUGCUGUCGAGUUGCUACAGCUAAUUCCACCAGUGCAAGAGUCUCCAGAGGUAAAUUCAGUUACAAACGGGAGGCAGUCAGGGUUCAUAUGACUAAUGGCAUAAAACGAUGCAAAUAAGUGAAAAAUGUACUGGACUAUUCAAGGGGUUUAGGCCUUUAUUUCCCAGAUUGUGAAUACUUUGUAAGACUGAUGUUGGAAUCUGAAUGGCAGUUUUAGGCUACUGUCUGUUUAACUGUCCCUCCCCAGUGAGGUGUUCAGAGGCAGGCCUUAGGAAUGUAAGUGAUGAAUAAACUUAAAAGUUCAAAGGCUUACUAGCAUCUGCUGCUAAAUUUUAGUAAAUAACCCUGGCAAUGUGCCUUUUUUUGCUUGUUUUAAAUAAGGAAAUGUGACAAAGUAAGCACAGGGACUAAGGGUCCCAAGUAUGACUUCUGUUCAGCCCAUGCUCCAAAACUGCAAUUUCACACAGCCUCCUCCAAUGCUGGCUGGGUUUGGAUCCCGGUGCCACCAAUCACUAUGAGAAUCAUGCUUCUAUUUGGGCAUUUCUUACCAAGACAGACAGAUCUUCCCUUAAUAUCUCCCCCCUUUCCCCAGGGAGUACACCUUCUUGUUCUCCUCAGUUGUGCCCAGUAGCUGGGAAAGCUGUUGCACGGGGAAACCUGAGAGUUUCUGUCCAGGGUAAGCAUUUCGUGUUUCCUUUGCCAAGACCAAAGCUGGGCUGGAACGAGGAGGUUACUUUGGUUGCCUUCAGUUUAACAUCACUGGAGUACCCGGGAGGAUUUGGGGUAUUUAUUUUUCCCUGUGGAGGGAAGGAACCUUUGAAAUAGUUGGCACUGGCAAAGAAACAUCUGACUGGGAUGACUCUUGGUUUUGGGAGCAGCAGUGAAUGAAUCAAAUCAACAGCAGCUUGCUGGUAUGGUUAAUGCUUCAAACUCAGGACUGGAUUCCCAGUGCCACCAUGUGAAAAUCUAGAGCUUCUCAAAUUCAUUUUUCUGUUUCUCCUUAUUUUACUAUUAAUGUAGUAUUUCCACAGAAACUUUCUCAGCUGAAACUGUGAGAAAAACUUUCUGAAAGAUUGCAUUAAUGUAAAGGUAAGCACAAUCAAGCCUUGUUAGGGCCCGUUCUAAGGCUUAGGGGUUGGCAAAGCAAUAAAGAUACCCAAACUGUGGCACAGAGCUAUUUUUGAACCUUAAAGGGAUGUCUGAUGUGUCACCAUGGAAUCAUAACUUAAUCUAUAGAAAGGGAAUUUUUUUUAAAAGAGAACACUUCCAAGAGCUUAUAUUUGAAAUAUUUAUUCAAUCAAGCACGAUGUUCCUGUUGAAGCUCAGUCAUUCCCAACAAUCAGUGUAAAGAGUUUGUAGAUAUAUUUAAAAUCUGAGCAUUAGUACCUGUAGCCAGGGAAACUUUUGUACUCCAUGAAUGUACGGAAGUGAGUUACUCGUAUGAGCUGUUCUUAUUAAAAUAUUGAAAUCUUAA